AUGAAAUGGCUGAUACAUUUUAAACUGUUGAUAGGCGGGCUCCUCAGCGCCCAUCUCUUUGCUGUGGGUGAGCUCCCAAUACGUGGCUAUGAGCCUCCCCUGGAGGAGAAGGAGUUUGCGAAACUGUGGAAUAAACCCCUGGGUAGUGAGGGUGGAAUUGAAUGGGAGAAUGGGUUCGUGUAUGAUGGACAGUUGCUUAGACUUGCCAGAGAUCUAGGAACUCGCCUCCUUCCUGCCUUCUAUACUCCCACCGGAAUUCCGUAUCCUCGGGUCAACCUACGCAAUGGGGUCCCUUUUCAUCCUAACUCCCCGCUGAACUCUAGAAUAUGGACUGGAUACGACACCAAUGAAGACUAUGAUGAAGAUGCUCCUGUUGAAAUAACAGAAAACUGCAGCGCUGGCGCUGGAAGCCUGGUUUUGGAGUUCGCUGUACUCAGCCGAUUGACGGGUGAUGGCAGAUAUGAAGAAUUCGCUAAACGGGCAUUUUGGAGCGUAUGGGAUAGAAGGAGUGAGCUGGGGCUCAUUGGAGCAGGAAUUAAUGCUGAGACUGGAGAAUGGACUCAAACUUAUACCGGGGUGAGCUUCCCUUAA